AUGGAGCCCGCGGGCUCCGCCAACGGCUCGGCCGGGUUGCCGUGGGUCGCGAAGCCCUCUGAGCCCGGGGGCGCGCCCGCCGCGCAGCUCUUCGGCAUCGGGACCGACAACUUCGUGACCCUCGUGGUCUUCGGGGUCAUCUUCACGCUGGGGGUGCUGGGCAACUCGCUGGUGAUCACGGUGCUGGCGCGCAGCAAGCCGGGCAAGCCGCGCAGCACCACCAACAUCUUCAUCCUGAACCUGAGCAUCGCCGACCUCUCCUACCUGCUCCUCUGUGUCCCCUUCCAGUCCACCAUCUACAUGCUGGACACCUGGGUGCUCGGGUCCUUCGUCUGCAAGUUCGUGCACUACUUCUUCACCGUCUCCAUGCUCGUGAGCAUCUUCACGCUCUCGGCCAUGUCCGUGGACCGCUACGUGGCCAUCGUGCACGCGCGCAAGGCGUCCUCGGUGCGCGUGGCGCGCCACGCGCUCCUCGGCGUGCUCGCCAUCUGGGUGCUGUCGCUGGCGGCGGCCGUGCCCGUCGCGCGCCACCAGAUCAUCUUCGAGCGCGACAACGACACCUUCUGCUGGGAGUUGUGGCCGGUGCAGAGCCACCGGAAGGCGUAUAUGAUCGGCACCUUCCUCUUCGGCUACGUGCUGCCGCUGCUGCUCAUCUCCUUCUGCUACGCCAAGGUUUUAAAUCACUUGCACAAAAAGUUGAGGAACAUGUCCAAAAAAUCAGAGGCGUCAAAAAAGAAGACUGCGCAGACCGUGCUGGUGGUGGUCGUGGUCUUCUGCAUCUCCUGGCUGCCGCAUCACGUGGUGCACCUGUGGGUGGAGUUCGGCACGUUCCCGCUCAACCAGGCGUCCUUCGUGUUCCGCGUCACCGCCCACUGCAUGGCCUACAGCAACUCCUCGGUGAACCCCAUCAUCUACGCCUUCCUGUCGGAGAACUUCAGGAAGGCCUACAAGCAGGUGUUCCGGUGCCAGGUGGCCAGCGAGUCGCCGCUCAACGACAUCAAGGAGAUACGGAGCAAGAUGGACACGGCGCCCUCGACCAACUGCACCAACGUGUGAGCGGGCCUUCCGAUCGGCAAAACGGCGCCGAGUCUCGGGAGACCCAGAGGGCAGAGCAGCGCGAGGAGCUGAGAUGGAGAAACGUGUUCAUGUGUGAGGAAUGAA